AUGUUGCAAAAGGUGGAAAUGGACAGCGUGGCCGAUAAGACGCGUUCCCGAGCAGCGAUCGUCGAUUUGCUUGCAAAGAACUUCGACAAGCUGCCCGACCUCGACCAGAAGCUCUUCCAGUACGGGCCCAUGUAUCUGGGAGGAAACGGGGCGCUCGCAGGUCUGAUCGCAAACAGCUUGUACCGCCGAGCUUUAAACGUCACACAGGCGCCCUUCACCUCUAGCUUGCCGAUGGCCGUAUUGCCUUUUAUGACGACCUACGCCCUUUACAACGCCACCGUUUCAAGCCCUCUACUGUCCGGGGACCUCAAUUGUCCGACUUGCGUACUCAUGAGAGGAGCACUAGUGGGUGUGAUCGGCGGGGGACUGUACCCCAUCGUCCUGGCCUUACCUGUCAAUUUCGGCCUUGCGUCCAGAUACAACACGGCGCCGAUGCCGGAGAAAGGGAACGUCCUCCGGUACUGGAUGGACCUCUCCAAGCCGAUCAUGAGGAAGAUGAGGGCCAUGAUUGUCCUUCAGGCAAUUUUCGGUACUUUCCUCAGCUCAAGGCACUAUGAAGGCUACACCAAACUAGCCAAGAUCACGUUUGGCACUCACGCAGAGGGACUCAAAGACUAA